UGGAAACAAAAGACAGCAUCCAAAGCUGAAGAAGUCACAGUGAGCGACCUGAGUCCUAACACAGAGUACAUGUUCAGAUGCAGGGCAGAGACACCAGUAGGUGCCGGGCCAGCCAAUGAAGUCAGUGGAUCCAUUAAAACCUUACCCUGCAGCCCUCCUGGAAAACCCAACGUUGAAUCUACCUCAAGUGAGAUAUCAGUCAGCUGGGAGAAACCUGCUGAGCUCGGAAAAGAUGUCCACGUUUCGCGCUACAUCGUGGAGUACGCCAAACCAGACCAACAGGUGAAAGAGGAAGAUCUCCACUGGGAACAAAUGAUGGAGCGAGCUGAGAAGGCGAUCAUUUCAGGACUUCAGCCAGAGACAGAAUACGCUGUCAGGGUCAGGUGUGAUUGUGGUGCAGCUGGAAGAAGCAAAGAAAGCAUCGCUGUUAAUGUCCGCACAACAAAACGUGACCUCAAAAGUAAAGCCCACCGAUCAGAAUCAAACACGUACAAUAACGAGGUACUCCGGAUUGUGAUGGUGGGGAAGACCGGAGUUGGGAAGAGCGCCACAGGAAACACCAUUCUGGGAAAAAAGUCCUUUGAAUCAAAGUUUUCUUCUAAAUCCAUGACUGUAGACUGUGCUAAUGUCUUUGGUGAAGUUGAUGGACAGAACGUUAAGGUUAUUGACACUCCUGGUCUGUUUGACACCAAGAUUGAUGAAGAGAAGACCAGAAAAGAUGUUGGCCAGAGCAUUAAAUUUGCUUCUCCUGGACCCCAUGUCUUCCUGGUCGUCAUCAGACUGGGCAGAUUCACAGAUGAAGAAAAGCAGACAGUUCAGAAGAUUCAGGAAAUCUUUGGAGGAGAUGCAAACAGAUACAGCAUGGUUCUCUUUACCCACAGUGAUCAGCUCGAAGACCAAACUAUGGAAGAGUUCUUGAUGGAAAGCAAAGAUCUGAUGGAACUUGUGAACAGAUGUGAAGGGCAGUACCACGUCUUCAAUAAUAAGGAGAAGGAUCGUUCUCAGGUCAGAGAGCUGCUCGACAAGAUCAGAAAGAUAAUAAAGAAGAACGGAGGAAGCCAUUACACCAGUGCAAUGUUCCAGGAGGCAGAGAGGGAGAUAGAAGAGGAGAAACAGAGAAUCCUUAAAGAGAAAGAAGAGGAAAUAUGCAAAAAGGAAGAGGAAAUGGAAAAGAGAUUAGAGAAAAAGUAUGAGGAACAAUUUAAGAAAAUCAAAGAGGAAGGUGAGAGGUUAGAAAGGCAUUUAAAAGCUCGUGAAGGAGAAAUGGAGGAGGAGAGGAGGAGAAUAAGAGAAGAGGAUGAAAGGCUGAGAGAAGCUAGCAAAAGAGAAAUGGAGGAGGAGAGGAGGAGAAUGAGAGAAGAUGAAAAGCUGAGAGAAGCUCAGAGAAGAGAAAUGGAGGAGGAGAGGAGGAGAAUGAGAGAAGAGGAGGAAAGGCUGAGAGAAGCUAGCAAAAGAGAAAUGGAGGAGGGGAUGAACAGAAUGAGAGAAGAUGAAAAGCUGAGAGAAGCUCAGAGAAGAGAAAUGGAGGAGGAGAGGAGGAGAAAAAGAGAAGAGGAGGAAAAGGUGAGAGAAGCUAACAAAAGAGAAAUGGAGGAGGAGAGGAGGAGAAAAAGAGAAGAGGAUGAAAAGGUGAGAGAAGCUAACAAAAGAGAAAUGGAGGAGGAGAGGAGGAGAAUGAGAGAAGAGGACGAAAAUCGGAGAGAAGCUAAUCAAAGAGAAAUUGAGGAGGUGAGGGCGAGAAUGAGAGAAGCUGAGGAAAAUCGGAGAGAAGCUAAUCAAAGAAAAAUGGAGGAGGAGAAGAUGAGAAUAAGAGAAGAUGAGUUAAGGUGGGCCAGAGAGGAAGCUGAGAGAGCUGAGAGAAAUAAACCUGGCUGUCCAAUUUCAUAGAUUCCUUUUUUAGAUCAUACCUAUCAACUGAGUUGUUUUGCAGGAGAGAGUCUGACCUUCUGAUGCUGGACAGCAGCAGAUUCACCAAACCUCCUUGUUCAUCUUCAGUCCCCUUUCUGAUGUAUUUGUUUGGUGUGAUUUAUAGUUAUAUCAGUUAUUUCUAGGAUUGUGUGUUUUGACCAAAUACUAAAGAAAUGUCACACAUUGUCUAGAACCAAGAUCUCUGAUUUGUUCUUUGAUUGCUAUUGCUUUUAUCACAAAAAAUCGAAAUGUUUAAAUCUUUAUUACACUACAUGACAUGUCACUUGUUAGACGCUUUUAUCCUAAGCGACUUACAUACUCAAUACUGUGGACAAUCCCCACAGGAGCAAUUUGGGGUGAAGUGUCUCAGGGACACAACGACAUGCUGACUGCAGUGGGGUUUGAACCUGUGCUCCCCUGAUCCCAACACCAACGUGCUAGUCCACUGCGCCACAGCCUCCCAAGAUCUCUGAUUUGUUCUUUGAUUGCUUUUGCUUUUAUCACAAAAAAUCGAAAUGUUUAAAUCUUUAUAUGUAAUGAAUUUUGAAAUCAAAUAUGAAAAGGAUGGAACACACAUUAAUGUGUAAAGACAAACAUCAGGUGAUUAAUAAUGUGCAUUAAUAAAAGACUGUUGAGUUCA